AUGGCGGUGGACACAAAGCACUGAGACCGUGGAAGUCUGCGUUAGAGCAAGGACAAUAAUUCUGGAAGGAACAAACGCAUUUUUAAAGAGAAGCGAUUGAAAGUUUUCCGCAUGGUUUUACUUGUUUUAUCAAGAUUGCGGUAACUGGGUAGUUACCAAUAAGUUGAAAGUUCAAAGGUGUAAUAGAGGGAUUCGUGUAGUUGUAGCUUAAAUUUGAAACGGCUUUUAGAAUAGCUGAGAAUGCGUUGGGUUAUUCAAGUUUUGUUUUCAUUUACUUGUUUGGCUGUCUUCAGCCACAGUGCUAUGGAUGAAUGCACUGACGAUUCGAGUCGUCCUCAGCGAUGCAUGCCAGAGUUUGUCAACGCUGCUUUCAAUGUCACUGUGGUAGCUACCAAUACUUGUGGCUCUCCACCAGAAGAAUACUGCGUACAAACCGGGGUUACGGGGGUCACCAAGUCGUGCCACAUCUGCGAUGCCAGGGAUCGCAGACAACACCACAGUGCUGUGUACCUCACCGAUUACAACAAUCAACAGGACACAACCUGGUGGCAAAGUCAGACUAUGUUAGCGGGCAUCCAGUAUCCACACUCAAUCAAUCUAACUCUUCAUCUUGGCAAGGCUUUCGACAUCACUUACGUGCGACUCAAGUUCCACACCAGCCGCCCAGAGAGCUUCGCCAUCUACAAGCGCACAAGUGAGGAUGGACCAUGGACGCCUUACCAGUACUACAGUGGCUCCUGUGAGAAGACCUACCAGAAGACCAACAGGGGCUUCAUCCGCACCGGACAGGACGAACAACAGGCCCUGUGCACAGACGAGUUCAGUGACAUCUCACCCCUGACUGGAGGAAACGUCGCCUUCUCCACCCUUGAAGGCCGGCCCAGUGCUUACAACUUUGACAACAGCCCAGUUCUUCAGGAAUGGGUGACAGCUACAGAUAUCAAAGUGACCCUGAACAGGCUCAACACAUUCGGAGAUGAAGUUUUCAAUGAUCCCAAGGUCCUGAAAUCCUACUACUACGCUAUCUCAGACUUUGCAGUGGGAGGAAGGUGCAAGUGCAACGGCCAUGCGAGUGAGUGUGCGAAAAACAACGGUUUCGGCAAGCCGGUUUGCAACUGCAAGCACAACACGGAGGGCGAUGACUGCAAUGUGUGCAAGCCGUUCUACAACGACCGUCCCUGGAGGAGAGCUACAGCCAAUAACCCUAACGAGUGUCUGCCGUGCAACUGUAAUGGCAAGAGUGCAGAGUGCUACUUUGACCCUGAGCUCUACCGUGCCACUGGCCACGGAGGACACUGCCGCAACUGUGCCGACUACACAGACGGGCCCAACUGUGAGCGCUGCCUGGACAACUACUACAGACACACAUCUGGCACCCGCUGCCUGCCCUGCAGCUGCAACCCAGUAGGCUCUCUGGCCACUCAGUGUGAUAACACAGGACGCUGCAGCUGUAAACCAGGUGUGAUGGGGGACAAGUGUGACCGCUGCCAACCUGGCUUUCACACAUUGACCGAAGCAGGCUGCAGACCUUGCUCCUGUAACCCUUCCGGAAGCACACAGGAGUGUGAUGUCCAGACAGGCCGUUGCCAGUGCAAGGACAACGUGGAGGGCUUCAGCUGUGACAGGUGUAAGCUGGGCUACUUCAACAUGGACCCCCAGAACCCUCAGGGUUGCACUCCGUGCUUCUGCUUCCAGCAUUCAUCUGUCUGUGACAGCGCUGAAGGCUACAGCAUUGACACAGUCUCCUCCACCUUCGACCGAGAUGAUGAGCAGUGGACAGGCCAGCAGCGUGACAGCUCCAGUGUUUCAGUCCAGUGGUCUGCUGGUGGAGAGAUCUCCCUCAUCUCUGAUGACUACUUCCCAAUCUACUUUGUGGCUCCAGAGAGGUUCCUGGGCAAUCAGCUGCUGAGCUAUGGCCAGAAUCUCACCCUGAACUUCCGGGUGGACAGGAGAGACACGCGCCUCUCAGCCGAGGAUGUGGUUCUGGAGGGGGCUGGUCUCAGAGUGGCUGUGCCUCUCAUUGCUCAGGGAAAUGCCUAUCCUGGAGAGAACAUGCAGACGUUUGUGUUCAGGCUCCACGACAGCACAGACUACCCCUGGAGGCCCACCCUCACUCACUCAGAGUUCCAGAAGCUUCUGCACAAUCUGACGUCCAUCAAGAUCCGUGGCACCUACAGCGAGAGAAGUGCUGGUUACCUUGACGAUGUGAAGCUGAUCACGGCGAGGAGAGGUCCCGGGAGCCCGGCUCGCUGGGUAGAGAAGUGUACCUGCCCUCAAGGCUACGUGGGACAGCACUGUGAGAGGUGCGCCCUGGGAUACAGGAGGAGCAGACCAGACCUGGGGCCCUUCAGUUCCUGUGACUCCUGCAACUGUAACGGACACAGUGACACGUGCAACCCCGACACAGGGAUGUGUGACUGCCAACACAACACAGCUGGGCUCAGUUGUGAGAGGUGUAAAGACGGCUACUAUGGAGACUCCACUGUGGGCAGUUCCAGCGACUGCAAGCCCUGCCCCUGCCCCGGAGGAUCCACUUGUGCUGUUGUGCCCAAGACCAAGGAGGUUGUCUGCACCAACUGUCCUACUGGAACCACAGGCAAGCGCUGCGAGCUGUGUGAUGACGGUUUCUUCGGAGACCCCCUGGGGGAGAACGGGCAGGUGAGGGUCUGUCGGGCCUGUAAGUGUAGCGACAACAUCGACCCCAACGCUGUGGGCAACUGUGACAGAGAGACCGGGGAGUGCCUCAAGUGUAUCUACAACACAGACGGCUUCUUCUGUGACCGCUGCAAAGAGGGCUUCUAUGGAAACCCUCUGGCCACCAACGCCAAUGACAAGUGCAAAGCCUGCUCCUGCUCUCCAUAUGGCACAGUGGACAGACAGACCAGCUGUCUACAGGUCACAGGCCAGUGCCAGUGUUUCCCCCACGUCACCAACAGGGACUGCAGCGCCUGUCAGCCUGGCUUCUUCAACCUGCGGAGCGGAACAGGCUGUGAACAAUGCAACUGCAAUUCUAUUGGGUCCACCAACGGUCAGUGUGACAUCGGGUCCGGUCAGUGUGAAUGCCAGCCCGGCGUCACCGGUCAGCACUGUGAACGAUGUGAGGUCAACUUCUUCGGAUUCGGAUUGUCAGGCUGCAAACCGUGCGACUGUGACCCAGAGGGCUCCUCGACGGCCCAGUGUAAAGAAGAUGGCCGCUGUGCGUGCCUUCCAGGCUUUGUGGGAGCCAGGUGUGACAUGUGUGAGGAGAACUACUUCUACAACCGCUCUACUCCCGGCUGCCAGCAGUGUCCGUCCUGUUACUCCCUCGUCAGAGACAAGGUGAACCAGCAGAGACAGAAGCUGCAUGACCUGCAGACUUUGAUUGACAACCUGGGCUCCACAUCAGAGACUGUGAGUGACAAGGCGUUUGAGGACCGACUGAAGGAGGCAGAGAAAUCCAUCAUGGACCUACUGGACGAGGCUCAGACCAGCAAAGAUGUGGACAAAGGCCUGCUGGAACGCCUGGGGAAACUGAACAGCACACUGACCACUCAGUGGAAUCGUCUGCAGAACAUCAGGAACACCGUGGACAACACCGGAACCCAGGCCGACAAGGCCCGCAACCGGGUACGAGAUGCUGAGAGCCUGAUCGGCCGCGCCCGCGAGGAACUGGACAAGGCCAAGGACGCCAUCAGCAAACUGGACAUCAAAGCACCCUCAAUCAGUGGAGAUCCUAACAACAUGACCCUUCUGGCAGAGGAGGCUCGCAAUCUGGCCGACAAACAUAAAAUGGACGCGGAUCAAAUUGAGAAGAUCGCCAAGGAUGCCAACGACACGUCCACCAAGGCUCUCAACCUGCUGACAAAGACUCUAGAUGGCGAGGGCAAGACCAACCAAGACAUUGAUGAGCUCAACAGGAAGUACAAUGAGGCAAAGGACCUGGCCAAGAACCUGGAGAAACAAGCCAACAAGGUGCAUGCUGAGGCAGAGGAGGCAGGCGACAAAGCCCUGAAGAUCUACGCUAACCUGACAAGCCUGCCACCUUUCAACACCAAAUCACUGGAGGACGAAGCGAGCAAGAUCAAGAAGGAAGCGUCUGACCUGGACAAGCUGAUUGACAAGACCGAGAAAGAGUACAACGACUUGAGGGACGACCUGAGAGGGAAGGAGACUGAGGUCCGCAAGCUGCUGGAGAAGGGCAAGACGGAGCAGCAGACUGCCGAUCAGUUGCUGGCUCGUGUCGAUGCUGCCAAGGCGCUGGCUGAGGAGGCCGCCAAGAAGGGGAGGACCACCUACCAGGAGGCCCAAGACAUUCUGGGAAAUCUGAGAGAUUUUGACAAGCGGGUGAAUGACAACAAGACGGCAGCUGAGGACGCCAUGAAGAGAAUCCCAGAGAUCAACGCUACCAUCAUCGCGGCCAAUGAGAAGACCAAGCAGGCUGAGGGGGCACUAGGCAACGCAGCUGCAGACGCCAAGGAGGCCAAGAGCAAGGCAGAGGAGGCAGAAAAGAUAGCCAGCGCUGUGCAGAAGGGUUCUGCUAAGACCAAGGCGGAUGCAGAGAAGGCCUUUGAGGACACUAUGAUGCUGGAUGGGGAGGUGAACGGCAUGAUGGACCAGCUGAGUGCAGCCGAGGCAGAGCUGGCCAAGAAGAAAGCUGAGGCCGACCAGGACAUGAUGAUGGCUAGCAUGGCAUCAGACAAUGCGAAGGAAGCAGAGGACAACGCCCGCAAAGCCAAGAGUGCUGUCAGGACCGUUCUCAACACCAUCAACGACCUGCUCAAGUCACUGGGCAACAUUGACAAGGUGGACCUGAGCAAGUUGGGCUUGAUUGAAGGGUCACUGAAGCAGGCCAAGGACAAAAUGGCGAACAGCGACCUGGACCGCAAGCUGGCGGAGCUGAAUGAUGUGGCCAAGAGCCAAGAGGAGAUGAUCACCGACUACGACAGGCAGAUCAGGGAGAUCCGGUCUGACAUCGCCAACCUCAACGACAUCAAGAACACUUUACCCGACGGCUGCUUCAACACCCCAUCCCUAGAGCGACCUUAACCCCCUCUCUCUCCACCACCUGUACCCUCCUUCCUCAUAUCCCGUCUGUACCGCUCCUUCCUCAUAUCCCGUCUGUACCGCUCCUUCCUCAUAUCCCGUCUGUACCGCUCCUUCCUCAUAUCCCGUCUGUACCGCUCCUUCCUCAUAUCCCGUCUGUACCGCUCCUUCCUCAUAUCCCGUCUGUACCGCUCCUUCCUCAUAUCCCGUCUGUACCGCGCCUUCCUCAUAUCCCGUCUGUACCGCGCCUUCCUCAUAUCCCGUCUGUACCGCGCCUUCCUCAUAUCCCGUCUGUACCGCGCCUUCCUCAUAUCCCGUCUGUACCGCGCCUUCCUCAUAUCCCGUCUGUACCGCUCUUUCCUCAUAUCCCGUCUGUACCGCUCUUUCCUCAUAUCCCGUCUGUACCGCUCUUUCCUCAUAUCCCGUCUGUACCGCUCUUUCCUCAUAUCCCGUCUGUACCGCUCUUUCCUCAUAUCCCGUCUGUACCGCUCUUUCCUCAUAUCCCGUCUGUACCGCUCUUUCCUCAUAUCCCGUCUGUACCGCUCUUUCCUCAUAUCCCGUCUGUACCGCUCCUUCCUCAUAUCCCGUCUCUACCUCUCCUUUCUCAUAUCCCGUCUGUACCGCUCCUUCCUCAUAUCCCGUCUGUACCGCUCCCGCCUCAUAUCCCGUCUGUCCCGCUCCCGCCUCAUAUCCCGUCUGUCCCGCUCCCGCCUCAUAUCCCGUCUGUCCCGCUCCCGCCUCAUAUCCCGUCUGUCCCGCUCCCGCCUCAUAUCCCGUCUGUACCGCUCCCGCCUCAUAUCCCGUCUGUACCGCUCCCGCCUCAUAUCCCGUCUGUACCGCUCCCGCCUCAUAUCCCGUCUGUACCGCUCCCGCCUCAUAUCCCGUCUGUACCGCUCCCGCCUCAUAUCCCGUCUGUACCGCUCCCGCCUCAUAUCCCGUCUGUACCGCUCCCGCCUCAUAUCCCGUCUGUACCGCUCCCGCCUCAUAUCCCGUCUGUACCGCUCCCGCCUCAUAUCCCGUCUGUACCGCUCCCGCCUCAUAUCCCGUCUGUACCGCUCCCGCCUCAUAUCCCGUCUGUACCGCUCCCGCCUCAUAUCCCGUCUGUACCGCUCCCGCCUCAUAUCCCGUCUGUACCGCUCCCGCCUCAUAUCCCGUCUGUACCGCUCCCGCCUCAUAUCCCGUCUGUACCGCUCCCGCCUCAUAUCCCGUCUGUACCGCUCCCGCCUCAUAUCCCGUCUGUACCGCUCCUUCCCACGUCUAACACUCGGGCAGAAUGCCACCUUUUUACCAAAACUUUUAUUUUUUUUUAUUUUUUAUACACAAGAGAAGCUAAGUUUCAUGGUUUUAAAGAAAGAGAAGAAGCAGCUUUGACAUGCAGAAACGUGAAAUGAACUAAGGGCAGAAAACAAAAAACGUGCAUCCAUUCUCCUUUGGUGCAGCAGGAUAGGAGAGGUGUGGCAUACCUCGCUCCAUAGUAAUGAAAACCCACAUGACUGCACCACCUCCAGACUGUUCCUACACUUCUACGUGGAGGACCGUUACACCGUCUUGUUUCAUCACAACCUAAACCACCCCGACAGAGAAAACAAGGAAAAAUCUCCUCAGCCUUUUCGGAUGGGUCUGUCAUAUGAUAUAGUAUUUGUUUUAUUUGAUAUGGUAUCUAACAAGUUAUCCUUACCCAUCAUUCUAGACCCAAGGGCAUGCUGGGAAUGGUUUGUCUGAGAGAUUUUUUAGCUAUAGGUAUUGUGCAACUUCCAAUACAUAUGUGCCAUCCUUGGUGUUAUCAACCAUUUGUUUAAAAAACAAGCAGUGAAGGAAUUCUCACAAGUUUAUAUAUUUUGUUUGCCUUCAUUCGCUUCCAAAGCUACACGUCUUGCAUGGAGAAAGUAUUCCUGUUAUUAUUACACAUUUUUACAGUAUUCAACUCUACUGGACAUUCUGCUCCAUACCCACAUUAAAUAAUACUACAGUGUACUAUAGAAUACUACAGUACUUAGUAUAGAAUUCUGUAGUAAACUGUACUAUACUAUACUACACAUUGCACUACAGCAUUUCCCAAACUCUGUCCUCUGGAUCCCAAGGUGUGCACAUUUUGUUUUUUGCCCUGGCACUACACCGCUGAUUCAAAUAAGCAACUCAUCAAGCUUGGAUUAUUUGAAUCGGCUGUGUAGUGCUAGGGCAAAAAUACAAAAAUGCACCCUUUGGAGUCUCCAGGACAGAGUUUGUGAAAUGCUGCUGUAGUAUAUAUCGAUCAUUGGUAGUACUUACUAUAGAAUGUUGUAGGAUACUAUAGUAAAUACUACAGUAUACUAUAGACCACAAAAAUACUACAGUAAUGUCUGCAAAACACUGCAGUAAUUACUGUAGUGUAUAUAUAUUACAGGAUUUAAUUUGUGUGUACCCUGCCAAUUUCCAUAUCCUUAUUUGUGGCACCAAUAAGUGACAAGCCUACGUUUGGUAUAGUAUAGAUUAUAUAUUGUGUUCCCUGCCGGUUAUAAAAAGGACAGAAGCUCUGAACUGUCCGUUCAGACCUCAGUCCUACCUGCCUACAGGUAUAGUACAUUUUAUUUUGUGUAUUUUUUUCCAGUAGGUUUCCUCAAGGAUAACAUGUCAAAGAUAAUAAAACAUUAUAGUAAAUACUACAGUUAUUUCCGCAAAAACCCUACAGUAAAUACUACAGUAUACUACAGUCCGUAAAAACACUACAGUAAUUACUAUAGUAUAUACUACAGUUUUUUCUUACUACAGUGUUUACUAUGAACAGUAAAUACUACAGUAUACUACAGUCAUGUCUGCAAAACUACAGUAAAUACUACAGUAUUCACUGUAUUUUUACACUACAUUCACUUUUUUCACUACAUUAUUUUUUCACUCCACUGAAUACUACAGUAAAGUCUCCAAAAACACUACAGGGAAUACUACAGUAUUUAACAAUAGUAUACCUUAGUAUUUUUUCAUGUGGGCAUGCACAACUGAAAAGCUGUUAAAUGAAACCAGCAAGUGCGUCUUUAAAAUGGCUCUGAUAUUUUUGACAUUUGAGACAGUCCUGUACCGCCCAGUGAAACAAUAUGGUUAAAUAUAAUUGUAUGUAAAAAAAUAUAUAUAUAUAUAAUUAACACUACAAAUCUUGUUUUUUGUCUGUUUUUUCCUCCCUAAGCUGCUGCUUAAAACAGGUGUAUUGCAAAUCACACAUUAAUAUUUUUUAAGACAAAAUUCUACACUAUGCAACUUUGUACAUUUUGCGUAGCAAGACUUUAUCUGAUACACUGGUGCUAAUAAUUAUUUCAAAUUUUAUAUUUUUGUGUGAAUGUUUUUUAUUAUGAUAUAGAGUGAGGAAAUAUUAUUUGUGUAAAUAUAUGCUUAAAUGAUUCAGGGCUGGCUGAUUGUUAAACCCAAGACCCAGCGGCCACUUCGUAUAGGUUCUAUCGCAAAAAAAUCAAACCUCCACAUAAUAUAUAAAUAUAUAUAAGUUCUGUGGUAUAAUAUGCUUGCUUGUGUACAUGGCUCGGUGUUGUUGCCUCAUAGCUCUGCCAUUAUUAAUUUGUGUUUAAUUAUCAGUGGGUGGUCACCAAUUAAUUAUGAAUGCUUUUAAAACAAGAUCAAAACAAUGCUUUUAAAACACCUUUAUCCUUGACUGAUAAAUUCAGGACUGUGUAAGGGAUGGCCCUAAAGAAGCCAUCGGUCUACAUUAAGCCUAUCGUUUCAUUUUACUGAAUUUAAAUCCUUGACUCCAAGAAAAUAAGCUUGGUCACAAGUUGGUAGUUAACCAUUUAGUAUUUUGUGCCUUAAUAUGUGGUCAAUAUUCACAUCACUUAGUUCCUAACAAGGGCGUCACGUUUAUCGCACACAUUACGUUUCAGACAAACUCUUUUCACACAUAACAUUGUCUCCUCACACGUUUGCUACUCAGUGUCCUCACAUUUCAGUAGAACAGCAGGGAUUUUGUUGAUGGGUCCAGAACAUCAGCCAGCCAGCCAGCCGCGAUACAGUAAAGGAAUAGGUUAUAACCUGGAAACCACUCAUCCUUCCCAUUCAACAUCUCUCAUCCUCAAUACACCAAUACUCACUCCUUUCCUUAGCCUGCCUUCUAUCUUGUUAUCUGUUGGAUAGUUGUUAGCUAACCUUUUACCCACAAUUGUAUAGAUGUGGCUGCGGCUAAAACGAUGUACUCUGCAGUGAACCAUCUUUUGCCGUCUCUUACCCCUCCAGGCUACCACACUGCUGUGGAAGAAUGUGCAGCACAUACUGUUUGAUGUAUAAAACAGUAUUUCUAAUUUAUAAUGUCUCAAGUAUUUGUAUUAUUUUGUUGCAGUAGAUGAUGAUAUGUAUGUGUUGCACAAUCUUGUUGUGGUCAUUUGGCUAUGGAGGGCAUGUUCUGUUGUACAAUAUAAUACAAAGGCACCAAUUCACUGCAACAUUUCAUUUGUGAGGACCUGAGAAAAACCUGUUUGUGACCCAAUUGCCUGUAAAUCCAAUCGUAACAUUUUUAAAUAAUAAAAAAAAAUAUUACA